ACAUCGAAAAAUCAACCCCAUGUCUGGUCAUCCAAGAACCACGGCUACUUCUUCUUCUUCUUCCUCGUCAUCUUCUUCCUCCCCGCGCCUCACCACCGGCGUCGUCAACUUCCUGGCCCGCCGCGCCAUGACGGCCACGGCGACGCAGCAACGAGCAGCAGCAGCAGCAUUCCGCGUCCCUCUCGACUCGCCGGGCUCCUCCACGGGCUCCGCCGACUCCGCGCCAUGGAGCAGCGCCCGCGCCCCGGCCAAUUCUCACGACCUUCUUCUCCCCUUCGACACCAACGACGCCGACGAGAUGCUGCUGCUCGACAUGCUCUCCUCCCAAGCGGCGGCGCCCAUGGCCGAAUCGCCCGCGCCCACCACGCCGGCGGCGCCGGCAGUGAAGCAAGAGGAAGAGGCGGCCGCCGGCAAUGGCUCCGGGCGCGCGUUCCGCGGGGUGCGGAAGCGGCCGUGGGGGAAGUUCGCGGCGGAGAUCCGGGACUCGACGCGGAACGGGGUGCGGGUGUGGCUGGGCACCUUCGACAGCCCGGAGGCGGCGGCAAUGGCGUACGACCAGGCGGCGUUCGCCAUGCGGGGCGGCGCCGCCGUGCUCAACUUCCCCGCCGAGCAGGUCCGCCGCUCGCUCGAGGGCGUCGCCAUGGACGACGGCCAUGGCCACGGGCCCGUGCUCGCGCUCAAGCGCCGCCAUUCCAUGCGCAGGCGUCCAGCGGCGGCGGCGAGCGGCAGGAAGGCCGCGAUGAGCAAGGGGCCCGGCCGGAGCCAGAGCCAGCCGGAGGGCGUGAUGGAGCUGGAGGACCUCGGAGCAGAGUACCUCGAGGAGCUGCUUGGCGCCUCUGACUCCCAGUCACUCUGGAGCCAUCACUCUGUCUAGCUGAAUUCCGAAACACAAGCUUCAGAUUCAGAAUGGCAGAGGCAUCGAGAAGAAGCAGCACGGCCAGAGAAGAAACAGAGGUAGCUGCUGAUGUAUGGCUUCAAGACGACGAUUGAUUGACUGAUGGAUCAUCCAACGGUCAAUAGUGCAAUAGUGCAAAUUGUGUUCUUGUUUUCUCCCAUGUUUCUGGCUUGGUCUCAUCUAGGAGUAGAUACUUGCAUUGCAGGGUUGGUUUUUCUUGGUUAAUUUGCAGAGAACGGGCUUGAGAAAUUGUCGACGGGUUGUUUGGAGAUCCAAAGGUCUGCUUUUGGCUUCAGUCAGUCAAAAUUGCUGUACAUUUUGUAGACAAUGGAACACAUGCACCGAGCGAUGCACGCAACCGCAGACCGUUUGUAAACUAGCUCGACGCAAUGAGACGCAUUAUCCGAUGGAUUGGAGCCA